CAGUGGGAAAAGGGAAGAGAAUUGCACUGACAGAGGUUCAAGAAAGGGAAGUGUUCUACACAAACUCACAGAGGUCUAGAAAAGGCAGAGUCAGAAUUGGGCCAGAAAUUGGGUGGGGUCCUCUCCUGCCCUGUUCCUCCACCCUCCUCACCUGGGACAGCUAUCUUCCUCUGGAUUUGCAUUUGGCAUGAGGUAGAGGCAAAACCUGUGGUGUCUGGUGAGAUUCAGGUCAGUCUCAGAGGUCCCACAGUUUGCUGUCCCCUAAGGCCCACCCUUCAGGGAGGGGCUACUUCCCUUCCUGUGAGGCCACUGAUGAGGAACCAGUGACGUAUCACUUGGGGACUGGACCUUGUCACAGCCCAUUCUUGCCUUUGUUCCCCAGGCUCUGUGGAGUUUAUGUCGUCUGCACACUGGGGAUCAUGUGAGGAAACCUCUCGACCCAGAACCUCCCUGACUUUCUCAGCCUCGGUCCUUGGACCUGCUGUGUCCUCAGUCAUCCUUCAGGGAGAGCAGAGUGAGGCUGAUGAGGAAACAGGGACCUGUCACCUGGAGCCAGGGCCCUGUCACAUCCAUGCAUCUGCUUGUCCUGCUGAGCUCUGUGGACUUUAUCCAUCAUCAGUGCCACUGGGGACCAUGGCAGACAGCACCACAGCCUUGACCUCCAUUGUGCUCCUGGGCCUUGGGCUGUGUCAGGGCCCAUGGAACCAGGUACAGGCAGGAGUCAUUCCCAAACCCUCCAUCUGGGCUGACCCAGGUCUCAUCAUCACCGAGGGGAGUCCCGUAACCAUCUGGUGUCAGGGGUCUCUGCGGGCUAGUGCCUACAUUCUGUAUAAAGAGAGGGGCUCAGAGCCCUUGGAUACGAGGAUCCCACAAGACUCCAGCAAUAAGGCCGGUUUCCUCAUUGAAGUCAUGACAUCACCUCACGCAGGGCUGUACCACUGUGCAUAUAACACCACUGGGGACAUACUGUCAGAGCCAAGUAAUCUUCUGCUCCUAGUGGUGACAGGAUUCUAUGGUGCACCCUCCCUCUCAGCCCAGCCAAGCCCUGUGGUGGCCGCAGGAGGGAUUAUGUCCCUCUCCUGUAGCUCACUGUUCACAUCGGGCCCUUUCCAUCUGUUUAAGGAGGGAGGGGCUGACCCGAACCUACACAUGGUGGCAGAACCCAGGAACCAUGCUGGGACAUGGCAGGCCAUCUUCCCUGUGGGCCCCGUGAGGCCCUCCCAUGGAGGCACCUACAGAUGCUAUGGUUCUCCCAGCUCCAAACCCAACGUGUGGUCACAGCCUAGUGCCCCUCUGCACAUCGAGGUCACAGCCUCCAAACCCCAAGACUACACAGUGGAGAAUCUCAUCCGGAUAGGCGUGGCUGGUUUGGUCCUGGUGGUCCUUGGGGUGCUGCUAUUUCAGGCUCGAAAUGACACCAGAAGGACCCAUGAUGCAGCCAAGAUGUGAACACAGAGGCAACAACACACUAUUCAGAAUGGGGCAUCCUUGGAGCCUAUCUGAUGAGCUCAGGAGGUGCUUAAAAACAAUGUAAACCAUAAUUGGGGAAACUGUCUGCUGAGAAUGAC